AUGGCCAGCGCCAGCUGCAGCAGCGGCCGCGGACUCGCCUCACCUGAGCUUGGGUACGUGCGCCCCACAACACCUCCCCCAGCCAGGGCCCGGGGACCCCCGGGAGCGUCCCCCCUCUACCUGGCGCCGCUCAUCCUGGGCGAAUGUGCAUUGGGAAAGUCGACAUUAAUCAACUCAUUAUUCCUCAUAGAUUAUCUGCAGAGUGUCCAGGUCCUUCUUGCAGAAUUAAAAAGACUGUACAGCUGGCAGCCUGUUAUCGAUUACAUUGAUAGUAAAUUUGAGGACUACCUAAAUGCAGAAUCAUGCACGAACAGACAUCAGAUGCCUGAUAACAGGGUGCAGUGUUGUUUAUCCUUCAUUGCUUCUUCAGGACAUCGACUUACACCAUUGGAUAUUGAGUUUAUGAAGUGUUUGCAUGAAAAAGUGAAUAUCAUCCCACUUAUUGCCAAAGCAGACACACUCACACCAGAGGAAUGCCAACAGUUUAAAAAACAGUACCGUUUACCUCUUGCUGUGGUGGGUAGUAAUACUAUCAUUGAAGUUAAUGGCAAAAGGGUCAGAGGAAGGCAGUAUCCUUGGAAUGUUGCUGAAGUGGCUUCUGGAGCAGCCAACAUUGAACAACCAGAGCAGCAGAAGAAAAAGGUGGGAGAGUGGUCCUGCAGCUGGUUG